AUGUCGCAACAACCAGCGAUGGAGCCCAACGGCAUCCAUCACCAUGAAAAUCACGAGAUCAAACUGGUCGGCGCAAUAGGUAAAAGAAAACGCGACGACGAGGACGAGGGAGACGAUAUGGAAGGCGUCGUCCAAGAUCGCAAAUCUGCCGAUGCCAAUGAAAAGCCACGAGACCAGCGAAAACUCAUUCAAUCAUGCUUCGAAGUAUUGCAAUCCUUCGAUGUCGAGCCUCCGAUUCUGAAACGGCCGCUCCAAGACCCAAUUACUAGCGAUGAGCCCGAAGCCAAACGCCAAAAAUCGUCAGAGCCAGCCGAGCUGGUCACCAUUUCUGACAAGGUUGCCGCAAGUGCCUACGAACAUUUGGAUGGCCUUUUGGCCGAUGUCAGCUUGGCGAUAAAGUCGGCUCUUGCUGAAUCUGAAGCCGCGGCCUCGAAGAUGCCCGAUUCAUCUGACCAGAUUAAGACGGCUGCGCAAAUCAAGAAGUUUAGGACUAGGGCUCUGAGCCUUCUAUCUCGCGAGCAAGCCUAUCCCCGGACAUCGCAGCCUGAUUCUUUCAACGACGAGGCUCAACAGGACGAGUUUGAGAAGACCCAGACGGUGCUUUCAUUAGUUGGAUUUGCACCACAGGAGAGGCGUCUAUUUUCCAGUCUUCCUUCAUCUCACGACCUGGACCUCUCCGAAUACAACCUUCCUGUUGGUGUUUCGAUGACGAAGAUCUUCCCAUCCGACCAUCAAGAGAAUGUGCAGACAUUAGGGGAUCUGUUCGCGCCCUCCCGGACUCUGCUCCCUCUUCAGCCGCCGAAGCAACCCAAAACACAAGCUAGAGGGAACGCUCUUGAUUUCUAUCACCCUAGCCUCACGGAUAAAUCGCAACAACGAGGAGCAACCUAUUUUAGCACAAAGCUAUCAGCUGGUCAUUAUCUUGACUACAGCCAUGCCACCCCAUCUUCAACUUCUAAGACAAGGCAACACGAAAGAGCGCAAAGUCUUGCGGGGAAGAAGCCAUCGACCUCGGAGUUGGAGUUGUCCGAAAUGGAAUCUCUUUUCCGUGGUGCAUUUUCAAGUUUUGCCCCUUGCAAAGAUGAUUCCGCGGCUGUUGUGCCGUCCAAUAUAGCUGGGCGCAUUUGGUGGCAACGAUCUGGUCGACGUAGCUUUUCCAACAUGAUUGAGGUUGAGUACCUCGACCGCGCUAAUGGUAUCAAGACGGACCAGGAUGAUGAAGCUUUGGAAAUCGAUGAAGAGGCGAUUCAAGAAGCAAUCGACAACUGGGAUGAUACUAAUAUUGACCCCUCUUUGGAGGAUGCAAUGGGACCAAAGCAGGAUGAAGCCGACAAGGAAGCCGACGAAAUCCUCGACGAAGUCUCGGACCUGAUUGAGACACUGGCCUCUUACCAGCGCAUUCGCAAUCUUACACUCCCGAACUCCCAGAACCGCCAGACCAGCGACCCUGUCACGGGCGAUAUGUUAGCAACGGCUGCUCCCCAACCGUCGGAGGCGGAGCAUGAGACGUACCAAAUGCUCAAGGCUCAACUUGCCCUAAUUGUGAAGACGCUGCCUCCAUAUGCCGUUGCAAAAUUGAAUGGUGAUCGUCUUGAUGACUUGCUCAUCAGUACAAAGGUUCGGGUCUCGUCUGACCAGUACAAGGGUGUCAUGGAGGAGGAUGAGGCUGGGCUGCAGGCUCGGUUACGAGCUCAACAGCAAGCGGCCCAAUCCGCACCACGACCAGCGCCUCAACGUACACCAAGCGUAUCGUAUCAAGGUCACUACCAACAGCAGAAUCUGCAGUACGGAACGCCAACACGAACGCCAGCGCAGGCCCAGGCUCAGCAGUAUUAUCGUCAAGCUGCAACCCCCAACUUCCAGAACUACCAGCAACAAAACUACCAGCAGGCUCGCAGUUCCACGCCAGCAUCUCUCGGGCAGCCCCGCCCCCCCCAGCCAAACCAGUAUACUCAAAGGAAUGGGAUCAACGCACAAUAUGCGACUCAACUGGCCAAGGCGCAAACUCCAUAUGGACAUCAGAACAUGCCUCAGUUUGCAAGUCAGCAACGGCCGGCGUUUAGUCACGUUCCUCCGCAGAGUGCUGCGCAGCCAAGAUUCUCGCAUUAUCAAGGCUACCCGCAACAGGCCAGUACACCUUCCCAACCUCAUUUUGGUAACUAUGUCAAUGGAGCGGGGAUGCCACAGCAACAGCGCACAAUGUCGCCACAAGUAUCUCAAAGGCAGCCAUUCAGUCCAUCGCCCAAUAUGCAACAGGCUCAACGAUACGGCACGCCUAGUCAACCUAUGGGUGGGCAGCCCAACAGGUUCCCACCCAACUCAAACACCGCCCCUCAGCAGCAGCAGCAAGUAGGAUCAUUGACUGGCUAUCACACGGUUAUGCCUGAAGCACAACAGCAGCGGAUGUUGGAGCAGGCAAAAGCUAGAGUAGCUGCCCAGGAGCGUUCAGCCAUGUUCACUGACAAGAUUGCUCAACCAGGCGUCUCUGGGCUGGCUGGCAUUGGCCUCGGCGGAAGUCUUGAUGUCAACAGAAUGGCUGCGGUUCGGGCCAGUAUGAACAAUCAGUCAAAGCCGCAGACUCCAACCGGACAGCGCCUUAACAUCAAUGGUACCCCUGGAUCCGUCCAUGUACCACCUCAUAAAGUAACACCUGUUCCUGUGCCACCGAUACCUGGACUGCAGCAACAGCAGCGCAAGCCUUCUUCUUAA